AUGUUCUCGACUUCUCUGCCCACUCAGUCGAAGAACUUCUGGAAAGUGAUACCAUCAAUUGUGGACGAUGAGAGGUAUAUUUUCAUUUCAUCCAUGCUUGGAUUAUUGGCUGAAUAUGGAAUCCAGCCCCAUGUCAUAAAUGCCUCUGCUAUAUCUAAUGGUGUAAAGUCCAAUGUCAUAAAUGCCUCUGCUAUAUCUAAUGGUGUAAAGGAUAGAAUCAUAGAGUUAGCAUCUGUGCUGGGCCCUCAAAAUGGAAGCGGUUCUCAUGAUAUAAAUAACCUUGCUUCUGGCAUCUUGACGGGUCAAAUAACUCAUCCAUCCAUGGGUCAGCUUGGGACUUCUGCUUCUAAUCACAAUACAGCCGACCGGCAUCUGGAAUUGAAUGAAAAUGUGCCAAGAUAUGUACAUGAGACAAAUCUUAACAACAAUUUCCCAGAGUUCUCAUUCAAUCCUGACAGGACCAGAAUGGUUAAUGAAGUGGAAAGGAAGGUUGCUGGCCCUCUUUCCGAUAGUUUAUUUGGAAAAAGUGAUAUGAAUAUGAGAGCAGGAGAGAUGGCCAAUGAUGUGCUCCAUCCUUCCAGCACAAAUGAUGAGAUUGCUUCCUCUGUUUCUGAUGAUCUCCCUGGCAUUGAGGGUUUUCAGAUUAUUGGUGAUGCUAUACCUGGAGAAAAACUCCUUGGAUGUGGAUUCCCUGUCCGUGGGACUUCUCUUUGCAUCUUUCAGUGGGUUCAUCAUCUUGAAGAUGGUACUACGCAGUACAUUGAAGGAGCAACAAAUCCAGAAUAUAUCGUCACAGCUGAUGAUGUUGAUAAGUUGAUUGCUGUUGAGUGUAUACCUAUGGAUGACCAAGGCCAUCAGGGGGAACUGGUGAGGCGUUUUGCUAAUGAUCAGAACAAAAUAAAAUGUGGUAAGUGGACGGACUCUUCUGACAAUUGGGAGCCAACAACUCUAGUUUUGCAACGUUCAGGAUACCAAAUUAAGAGCAACGGAAAGGAAAAUGUGCUUAUUUCUGACAGAUUUUCGAAGGAUUUAUCUAUAAAAAUUCCUGCUGGACUCUCAACACAAUUUGUUUUAACAUGUGCCGGUGGAUCUUCUCAUCCUCUCAGUACAUAUGAUGUUCGAAUGCGCGACACUCUUGUGUUGGCUAUGCGAAUGUUUCAGAGCAAGGUUGAUGAUGGCUGGGUGGUGGUGGUGUUUGGGUUGGUAAUGAUAGUGAAUGGUGAUGAUGGCGGAGGAGGUGGUGGUAGUGAUAAUGGACGUGUUCGGCCACAAAGUGCUUCGGAAAAAUGCUUCCGGUUCCAUUACCGGUACAUAAUAAAUGGUGGAAAUCCUGAUGGUUUUGAUUGA